GCAUGUUCAAACAAGAUUCAAUUGCCCUUUUCAUGUUAUUGUCACUUGCAAUUGUACCUUUUCCUCUAGAAGAUUGUUAGUAUGUAGAUUAUUCAAAACGGAAGAAGAGUCCAUUGUGUUCUUUAUAAUGAUAAGAGGUCCCAAAAGACACCUAAAGUAAAAGUCCUAUUUAUAGAGGAUUCGGAAUAGUAAUGUGAAGAAUAUGUCAAAGCGAAAAGAUAUCGACUGGUCUUCUCUCAAAAAUGCUUCUCCAAAAGCAAAACGUCUACACUUAGAGAAGGAAAGCGAUGAAAAAUAUCACUGUCCACUUCCAAAUUGCACACAUACAGGAUUCACCUCUCAAAGGGGUUGCAGGAAACAUGUUAAAUUACAACACGGAUGGUUCUACUAUUUUGAUGAGAAACCAGAUGAAAAGUGCAUUCAAGAUAAUGACAGCUUAACAAGUCCAGUAAAACAAGAAAAGAACACAAGCUCCGGUUUGAUUCCCACCUUUCYUGUUUCAAGUGAGAUAGGGGACACAUUUUUAAAAUGGCUGACAGGAUGUGGRGGUGGCUCAAAGUCAUCUCGUGAUGCAAAGCAGACAGUUAGCCGUGUAUUUAAAUUUCUAAAGUUUUGCUGCGAAGAUGAAGAUCAAGUAACUUACGAUAUCAUCGAUUUUGCCAUUUCAUCGCCCAUCAUGCUGUUCAAGUUUGUUGACGCCUUGCAAGAAGAAUAUCAUAUAGGACAUUCGGGUCGAGUUGGAUAUAUUGAUGCAAUUUCAGAACUCAUUGACUUUCGAAAAGUCAGUGGAAUGCUUCAAGAAUCAAUUUUGAGAAAURUAUCUGUAACAGAGGUUCAAAUAAAAAAAGCGAGAAAGAGUGUGGCAAAGAUGAUGAAAUUGCAAUGGAAUCAUGAUUUGGACAUCGAGACGCUGGAAUCUAAAGGUCAUUGGGCAACAAUGGAUGAAUUACUACAAGUGAUCCCAUAUCAUCUUCCGAGGUACGAGAAGAUUAUCAAGCAGUGCAAAAAUCACCCAAAUGACCCUUUGUGUGCCUUAGAGCUUUCCUUUGCCACGCGWUUUAUCGCUGUUUACCUUUUCCUUCAWGUGAAAUGUASUAGACCGAUGACAUUUCAAUAUCUGACUGUUCAAAUGAUCGAAACGGCCAAAAUCAACGGUGGCUUUGUCGACCAAAAACAGUUUAAAACUGCAAGUACAUACGGCUUUGACUCGCUAAUGUUCAACACAGCUGAUAUACAGGUYAUCGAUGAUUUUAUACGACACGUCCGUCCACGUCUUGAGCCAAAGUGUGAUUAUGUUUUGGUCACCCGAAAUGGCAGGCAGUACAACAAACUGAGUAAUCUGAUGACCAAAAUGGUUUUCGAUGCUAUUGGCAAGUACAUUCACCCAAGCAGAUAUCGACAAAUAGUUGAAACGGAAAGUGUGAAAAAUCUCACCAAAGAAGAA